CUCUCUAGCUAGCAAUCUUGUAAUAACCCAAAGGGCAAUAUCUUAGGUAGAAGCUUCAUAACAAACAUGGCUUCUCAUCUUCAAUUGUUGCUUGUGCUAGCUAUGGUGACAUUAAUGGUCCAAACAAAUGCAAAUCUUUCUCCACAUUUCUAUGAAAAGGUUUGCCCUCAGGCAUUGCCAAUCAUAAGGUCAGUGGUUCAAAGAGCAAUUAUCCGUGAGCGACGCAUUGGAGCAUCUCUGCUGCGAUUGCAUUUCCAUGACUGUUUCGUGAAUGGUUGUGAUGGAUCGAUUUUGCUAGAUGACACCCGAAAUUUCACUGGCGAAAAGACGGCAUUUCCAAAUGUUAAUUCAGUCAGAGGUUUUUCGGUGGUUGAUGAAAUCAAAGCUGCGGUUGACAAAGCCUGCAAACGCCCUGUGGUGUCAUGUGCAGAUAUCUUAGCCAUAGCAGCUCGUGAUUCUGUAGCCAUUUAUGGUGGUCCACACUUUUGGUACCAAGUGUUGUUGGGUAGAAGAGAUGCAAGAACUGCAAGCAGGGCGGCUGCAAAUUCCAACCUUCCUCCUCCAACCUUCAGUUUCUCACAGCUUCUUUCCAACUUCCAAUCUCAUGGAUUGAACGUGAGGGAUCUUGUGGCACUCUCUGGAGGCCACACCAUUGGCUUUUCAAAGUGCUCUUCCUUCAGAAACAGAAUCUACAAUGACACCAACAUAGACCCCAGGUUUGCAGCAUCUUUGAGGAGGACAUGCCCUAGAAGUGGAGGAAACAACAACUUGCAACCACUUGAUGCUACUCCUGCAAGAGUUGACACCACUUACUACACUGAUUUGCUGCAUAAAAAAGGUCUCCUCCAUUCUGAUCAGGAGCUGUUCAAGGGACACGGUAGCGAAAGUGACAAAUUGGUGCAACUAUAUAGUAGGAGUCCUUUAGCUUUUGCUAGAGACUUCAAAGCUUCUAUGAUCAAGAUGGGUAACAUGAAGCCUCUUACUGGGAGGAACGGAGAGAUCAGAUGCAAUUGCAGAAGGGUCAAUUAAGAUUGCUAAUUGCAUGUUUUGAGCAUAAUAAAAAGUUUACGAGGGAAAGAUAAGAAGCUGUAUGAUAAUAUUAUCUACUAUAUUCUAAGGCAUGUCAAUAUGUGUAUUGUUCAAGAAGAGAUAUGUUGAGUUUGUGUGAUAAGAUUUAGUUGUUUGUGCUGUAUGUUUUAUUUUCAUUCCAAAUGUAAUUAAUUGUUUUCGACUAAUAAGUUUUUCAUAUGCCAA